AUGGAUUUCUCUCAAUCUUAUUCGAAACUCCGGUUUGUUCUUCAUGUUCACUUUGUGCUAGUUGUUGGCGUUUUACUAACUCAUUGGUCAUCCCCAGCUUACUUAUUCUACAAUGUUUUAUUUGUGGUGGCAAUUAUCUGGUCGAUUGCUUCAAGGAAUUCUGUUGAAGCGUCGCAAAUUGCAUUUUCCAUCGAUUUAUCGUCGUUUUUCUUUGAUCUCUUCAUAAUUGCAUUCAACAUGAGUGGAAUAAUUGGAAGAGUUCUUGGCAUCGUCAAUCUCCUUUUUAGAUUUUAUUCAAUGAAAGUUCUUCACACUGAAAUGUUAGAUCGUGAGCCAUCUUUACUUGAGUUUCGAUAG